CAGAUUAUGAUGUGGAUGCAAGCUUUUUCUUUGUCAGGGUGCAUGUAAGCAGCUAUAUUGAUACUGGUGAACACAUUUCCACUUUCACUAGCUGCAUGUUUUGAGCGAAAAACCUUAAGGUGCCACACAGCCAUUAAGUUACAAUUCUGCCCACCUGACUCAAAAAUAUAUUUAUGGGCAUGACAGAACCCAAUCUAUAGAGCUCACGAUUGCUUUAAAGUCGAUCUGUUUCCAGGCAUCAUGUCCCACUUUGAGUUUAUCAUACCCAUCCAGCGUGACGAGCUGCAGCAGCCGCGUGAGGCUGGAAGCUAUGUGGUCAGGCACGUGUAUGAGCCAUCAGAGCUGCAGUCAUCUGUACAUGAUCUUGUCGUCGCCCUGUCAACGGAUCGCAGCGAACUUGCCCUGGAGAAGUUCGACGUGCUGUACAGUUCCAUCAUUCAUUUUUCAUCCCUGAAGACUGCAGACCAGGAGCAGAUAUGGGAAAUAGUGAACAAAGGUUACGUGUACCUGACUGCCGACCUCUCGGCGCUGCUGGAGUCCGAGUCACUUGACCACGAGACGCGGCUCAAACAUCUGAACAUGCUCAAGAUGUCGACGUACGUGCUGUGCCAGCUGGCGGGCGCCUUCGAAGACGCGGCGCAGCGGCCGGCAGACGUGCUUAUGGCCAACAAGGGUCGGAAGCGCGGCGGGCGUCCGGCGGCUGACGAGGGCGACUGGGACGCGCAGCGACUGCGCGUCCUCCGCCAGCUGUACGCCGUGCUCCAGCUGCGCCUGCGCACGCUCUGGCAGCCGCCCGUGCCCGACGAGGAGUUUGUCAACACCAUCGGCAACGUCUGCUACCACUUCCUUGCGCUGCCCAGUGUUGGCCACGUGCGCAACAAGACGCUGCUGGAGAGCAUCAGCCAGGUGCUGGGCGCUCUGGUGCGCUCUUACGGGCACGCGCUCAGCUGCGGUCUCAAGAUGGUGCAGAUCCUGCAGCAGUACGAGCACGCGCCGGCGCCUCUGGCGCAGUGCGUGGUCACCAUCGCCACCGAGUUUGGCGGCCGCGGCCUCGUGAACGAGCUGGUGCGCGAGAUCGCUGGCACGGACGCCGCCGAGCUGACCAAGGACGGCUCGGCCACGCGCCACUACGCCGAGUUCCUCAGCCUGGUGGCCGUGCAGGCGCCGGACCUGGUGCUCAACAACAUCUGCCUGCUCAUCGGUCAUCUGGACGGCGAGUCACAUCUGAUGACCGGUGCUGCAGAUCUGGGCGACAAGUCGAGCAACGUGCGCCGCGCCGCCCUCCAGCUGGUCACCGCGCUACUGCAGGCCAACCCGUUCGCCGCCAAGCUGCCCGUGGCUGAGUUAGAGGAGCAGUAUCGCACGGAAAAGGCAAAGCUGGCUGAGCUGGGCGUGGAUGAGGAGGAAGAAGAGGGGAAAGAGGAGGAGAAAGAGGAGGAGGAGGAGGAGGGCGCGAGUGAUGACUCAGGGGGCGGCGACGCCUCGCCGCUGCUGGCGGGCCGCGAGCGUCUGCUGGCACUGCUGUCGGCCGACGGCGGACUCGCGGAGGCUGCCCGUCUGCUGCUGGCAGAGCCGCGCCUGCUACCGGGCCUGGCGCCGGACACAGACGACACAGAGGACACAGCCGACAGGCCGGACAUAGAGGACAGGUAA